CUAUUUCACAAAAGUUUAGACUCAGAGGAAGACUGUGCCGCUGGUAGCAGGUGUUUGCAAGCUUUCGGAUAUAGACUUUAGAAAACUUCUUUGGGAAAAGAAAACCAUUCACCCCUGGACUUUCUGACUGAUGAAAACAGUGCAUACAGCCAUGAAGAUUUUUGGAUUCUUGCACUAUUUCUAACUGGCGCUUCCACUGUUUCUGUGAUGCUGAAUCACCCGACAUCACUUCCCUGCGGCUGCGGUGAAAAAGUCGUGUGGCGCAAGAUCUUCCCCAUAGAAGCAACUGUUGCUGAAUGCCAAAAGGAGGAAUGUGUUGUGACAGAAAGUUUUCUGGAAAGAUUUGCAGUUAUGCAUGAAAAGAACUACUCUCUAUUUCUUAAGUCAGCAAAAUAUAAUGACCAGGGGAAAUACAUGUGCAGCUGUGACGGCUUUAUCAAGCAAGUUAUCCUGGAUGUUUUAGUUCCUAUAAACGUGACAGCUGCUGAGCUGGGGAACGUCACUCUCCCGUGUUAUGCGGAUACUCAAAGUGGUGUCAGGGAUGUGACGUGGCUCCAUAAUGAACAAAACGCUCUUCACUUCACUGAAAAUGGAGCCACAAACCCAGGCGAUGGUUAUGAGGACAGAGUAUCGGUGACAGACGACGGAUUCAGAGACGGAGAUGUGUCUCUGACCAUCACUGGUGUCCAGAAGAGAGACGCAGGAUUAUACCGCUGCUUCGUUCAUAAGGAAACAGCUAAAGGAUACCCACAUGCCUACAUGCUGCAUGUGAUCGAGAAGCUCAGCGGUGCAGGAGGAGACCAAACUGAGGACAGCCACACUGAGAAACAAGCUCGCAUUGGACUGAUCUUAUCUUUCUCUCUCUUCAUUUGUUUCUCUCUCUUCAUUUGCUUUCUUCUUAUUCUUUCAUGCCGUAAGAAGGCAUCACCCACAGAGGAAACUACAGAUCGCGACCCCGUACAGGAGAGUGACCAAAAGCAUUCAACUCAUCCUUUUUAUCCUGGAGAAGAGAUCUAUGAACACUCAAACCUGAGGAUGAACGAUUACAGUCAUUCUUCUAAUAAUGAAACUGACUCAAACACAUGAACAUGAUUGUUAGAGUAUCAUUCAUGAAGCUGGCAGCUGCUUGUUUGAUGCACAGGUACACAAUAUGAAAACUGCCAUCUUAGGACCACAGAAUGUUUUGAACACUGUUGUGAAUUAUUGUGUGAGUUCAGUCGUGUGCUGAGUUUACACACGUUCCCUGCGGAUGGAGAGCACAAAAUGUAAAAGACAACAUUCAAUGCAAGACUUUUAACAUCGCUUCUACAAGAGUUGUUGACUUCAUUCAUACAAAGAUAUAUUUCUAUUUCUUAAUGAUCACUAUUAGAGUCCAUGAGAAUAAAAGAUGUGUGUAUAUAUAUAUAUAUAUAUAUAUAUUUAUUUUUAUAUGUAUUAUAAAUUAUAUGUAUGCCUGCACUAUGUCUGUACUUUUUUCUGCACUGAAAUCUACUGCCACCAAGACAAAUUCCUUGUGUGUGUAAACAUGCUUGGCAAUAAAGCUCUUUCUGAUUCUGAUUCUUUUGUAUUUUUCCUGCUGUAUAAGGAGUUGUUUUUCAAGUAUUCUUCUUUUUCUUUAUUCGAGGAAACAUUAUGUAUUUACCAUGUUGGACCUGUAUUAAGGAGUAAGAAAUUAUUCCUUUUAUUGUUUUAUAUUUGUGCUUCCUCUGGAGGACCCAGAAUGAUGUUACUUUUAUUUCUGUGCAAAGUAUAUAUUGUGUGAACUGUUUAAUAAAGCUUGA